AUGCUAUUACACCUUGUGGAGUGUCGGAUUCCUCUGUCUAUUGGAAAUUUAAGUGACUUGUCUCUGCUGAGUCUUUACCAAAAUUAUCUUUCAGGUCCCAUCCCAGAAGAGAUUGGGAAAUUGAAAUCUCUGACAGGACUCUCUUUAGGUAACAAUAUGCUAACAGGUCGGAUUCCUCUGUCUAUUGGAAACUUAAGUGGCUUGACUCUGCUGUAUCUUUUCCAAAAUUAUCUUUCCGAACAGAUUCCUUCUGGCAUAGGAAAUUUAACCAAUCUCAUUGGCUUGGAUCUUUCUCAAAACAACUUAUAUGGGGCUAUCCCUCCCGAAUUGGGAACAUUGAAGCUACUAGCUUUUAUUGAUAUUUUCAAAAACCAGCUAAGCGGUGCUCUGCCUGAUGGAUUCAACAAUCUUACACAUUUAAAUGGGAUAGGGCUGUCACAAAAUCAUUUUACUGGUCAUUUACCCCAAAAUAUUUGCAUUGGUAGCUCACUGGCGUGGUUCACAGUAUCGGAAAAUAACUUUGUCGGUGCUAUACCAAGGAGCUUGAAAAACUGUUCUACUUUAAGAAGAAUUAUUGCCGCUGACAACCAACUAUCAGGAAAUAUUUCUGAAGAAUUUAGCAUCUCUCCAUAUGUCCAGCAUAUUAAUUUAAACAAUAACAAAUUUUUUGGUCAGUUGCCUUGGAAUUGGAGCGGCUAUCUGACUUUGACAGAGUUGAGGAUCUCGAACAAUAAUCUUUCGGGCAGAAUACCAGCUGGGCUUGGAGAGGUAUCUCGUCUGCAAAAACUUCAUCUCUCUUCAAAUCACUUGCAUGGAAAGAUCCCUAGAAGUUUGGGGAAGUUGACUUUGUUGCUUGAGCUUAAGCUGGAUAGCAACGACCUUUCAGGCAAUAUACCAUCAGAAAUUGGUCAGAUGUCUAGACUUUUAAAUCUUAGUUUGUCGGCCAAUAAUCUUAGUGGCUCAAUUCCAGAACAAAUAGACAAUUGCACACAAUUGCUGGAUUUAAACUUGAGCCAAAAUGCACUCAUCGAUAGUAUUCCUUCUCAACUAGGGAAUCUUCCCUCACUUGCAACUCUCGAUCUCAGCCAAAACAUGCUGGAAUCCAAAUUGCCACCAGAGCUAGGUGAGAUGAAAAGCAUUGAGACGAUGAAUCUUUCCCAUAAUAGGAUAUCAGGUUUCAUCCCACAAAGCUUUGAUCAUUGCUUCAGUUUGAUUUCCAUUGAUAUAUCCUUCAAUCAAUUGGAAGGUCCUCUUCCCAACAUUAGUGCAUUUCAAAAAGCUCCAUUUGAUUCCCUGAGAAACAAUAAAGGUUUAUGUGGCAGUAUUGCUGGAUUGAAACCUUGCUCUCAACCAACUCAAAAGAACCCUCGUAGAAGGACAACUAAAAGAAUGAUCUUUCUAGUUGUUGCUCCAAUACUGGCAACCAUAUUUCUUUCUGCGGUGGUUGUGGGCAUCUUCAUUCGUGCAAGGUCACAUACGAGAAGCAUGGAGAAUAAGCCUCAGGAAUUCACUAAAAAUAUGUUCUCUGUCUGGAGCUUUGAUGGGAAAAUGGUCUAUGAGAACAUCAUUGAUGCAAUAGAAAAUUUUGACCCCGAGUAUUGCAUCGGAGUGGGAGCAUUUGGAAGUGUAUUUAGAGCAGAGUUGCCAAAUGGUCAAGUGGUUGCUGUCAAGAAACUUCAUGAAACGGAUGGUGGUGCCUUGAGGAGGCCAAAAGAUUUCGCCAAUGAGAUACGUGCGUUAACAAAUAUAAGGCAUCGCAACAUCGUGAAGCUAUACGGAUUCUGCUCACAUGCACAACACACUUUCUUGGUUUAUGAAUUCUUGGAAGGGGGAAGCUUGAUGCACUUGUUGAGCAAUGAUGAAACAGCAGCCAAGUUCGAAUGGAUCAACAGGGUAAGUAUUGUUAAAGAUGUGGCAAAUGCAUUAUCUUACAUGCACCAGAAUUGUUCGCCUUCCAUAAUUCAUCGAGAUAUAUCUAGCAAAAACAUUUUGUUAGACUCUGAGCAUCAAGCCCAUAUUUCUGAUUUUGGUACUGCAAGAAUCUUAAGGCCUGAUUCAUCUCAUUGGACUUCAUUUGCUGGAACUUAUGGAUAUGCUGCUCCAGGAAAAUAGCCAAAACAUGACUUAAAGGGACAAUUUCCAGCUAAU